AUGGAUUUUAUGUAUGAAGGCCGUUAUGCGGGAGUUUUGCUGCAUCCCACUUCGUUACCUAGCAAGUGCGGCAUUGUAGGUGACCUCGGGGCUAGCGCUUUGCCCUUCUUGGCAUAUCUCAAAGAAGCAGGGUUUUCUUAUUGGCAAGUACUUCCAGUUGGUCCUUGUACAUAUUCUGAAUCGCAGCCGGGUUGUCCAUAUUUAAGCUCAAGCUCUUUCGCACUGAACCCAUUGCUGGUUUGCCCUGUUGGGCUUAUCUCUCUUGGAUUAGUUACAGAGCAACAAGUGGAGGAACUGGUGGAAAAGUGGCGGGUCGAACAACAGCAGCGAAGGCAAAAAAACAUUGAACUUAAUUCUGAUAGUGAAUCAGAUUUUACAUCUUUUGUUGACUUUCAUGUAGCGAAAGGUUAUAAAGAUGAAUUGCUUGCCCUUGCGUUUGAAACAUUUAAUAAGAUGACACCCUCAGCUGAGUAUGAAGAAUUUCUCAAAAGCAACAAAUUUUGGCUUGAUGGAUAUGUUAUUUUUGAAGCUAUACAGGCAAGACAUCCUCAGGCUUCCUCUUGGCUCGAGUGGCCAGAAGAGUAUCGAUCCUAUCGAAGCCUCCUAAAAAAUAAGCCAUUGCUGCAGAAUCUGGAAACGAUUGAGGAAAGACAAACGCCCGAUAUUUGCGAAAAUGCAUGUCCAAUAGUACAGUUGCUACCCAAAUUUCACUGCUUUGUACAGUUUGUACUUGCUCAACAAUGGAGUCAGCUGCGCCAACACGCUAAUAAAAAUGGUAUUAAAAUAGUGGGCGACAUAGCAUUUUAUGUUAACAUGCACUCAAGCGAUGCGUGGAGUAACUCUGAGAUGUUUGAAAUAGACUCAGCUUCCAACACGCCACUCUAUGUGUCUGGGGUCCCUCCAGACUAUUUUAGCGCCGAAGGGCAACUGUGGGGACAUCCUGUUUACGCGUGGGAUGCCCACGCGCGCACCAACUUUAUUUGGUGGACUCGGCGAUUGGCAAGUAGUUUUGAAAAGUUUGAUGCCUGUCGUCUUGAUCACUUCCGGGGCUUUGAGUCGUACUGGAGAGUUCCGUAUGAGUUUGCUGUAAAGCAUAAAAGUGCAAAAGAAGGAGAGUGGGUGCAGGGACCUGGAAGAAAGCUUUUUGACGCAGUUUUCAAGAACAUGGGGUGGGAGAACCCUAGAAUAAACGUAGCUAGUGCCUACUCGGAGGCACUUGCUAAAAGCUCGAAGAAGGCAUCAAUUAAGAAGUGGCUUGCCCGUUUCCACAAUAAGGGCUCUGCUGCCAAUGCAUUGCUUACCAACAACUCUGGAGCUCAGCAUUCGUCCAUGCCACAGCUAAGAGGACACAUCGUUAGAUCUGCUCCAUUACUGAUUGCGGAGGACUUAGGGUUCAUAACUCCUGAGAUUGUGGCUCUUCGGGACAGAUAUAGCAUUUUUAGCAUGCGAGUCAUGCAGUUCGCGUGGGACGACGAGGAGAAGGGGCUGCGCUGCGAGCACUUGCCCUACAACCACACGAGGGAUUGUGUAGUAUACACAGGUUUGAAGGAGGAACCGCCAGCAUCAUCUAUCCACUCAGUUCUGUCGCUUUUGGCCCUUCUGAGUGUAGCCUAUCUCGUCAUUCUUCCAGUGCAAGACAUUUUAGGUCUUGACGAUCACAGUAGAUUCAAUUUGCCAGGGGUUGAUAGCCCUAAAAAUUGGAGCUGGAAACUCAAUACUUUGGAAGGACUAUACGCCGAAGAGAACCUGCAUCCACUCCGCCACAUGCUAACUCUGUCGAAUAGAUGUUCAAAUUAG